AUGUCAUCACUGUCUACUCGAUCAGGAAGGAUGGUGAAAAAGAAGCAAAAGACAGAUGCAGAAUACAUAAAUGGUAAGCAAGUCAAGUCUUUAGUAAAUCCAGACUCUCCUUUGAAACAAGAGAAAGCAACCAAAGGUGACCCUGUCAACAAAACUUCCAGCUUAUUAAGUUCUGCAAAAGGGAAUGUUCAGAUAACUGACAAUGUUUCUGAAGAAGCAGCUGCUGAAACAAAAAUAGGGUUAAGAAAGACUGAAGUAGCUGGUCCAGAAAUCCUAGCAGCUGUGAAGAAAGAGGAUGAUGUCUGGAAAACUCCUGGAUCUGCAGUUCGUAGAAGUGGCAGAGCACCAGUUCCAUCAAGCAAGUACAAGGACAUGGAAUUAGAUCUAACUAAGAGCAAGAAAAGAUUGUACUCAGGAAUAGAAGUGAAUAAAUCCACACAAGACCAUACUGAUGUGUCAGCAGAAAUACAAAUACCAACAGUAGUUUUAGAAGGUGGGAGUAUUUUAGAUAAUGAAGAUGAGAAAAGGCCCCUUAUAGAGGCAGGUCCUCACAAGGAAAUGGAAGGUAUGGAGAGCAACAACACAGAGUUGUUAGAAAUUCAAAUUGUAGAUUCAUGUGGGCAGUCUGCUGUACCAGAAAGCUCUCUGAGUACAACAGGGGAAUCUUUGAACUCUAACCCAGAAAUGACAGCUGCCUGUCCCAGGAUACAAAUAGGUGGUCAGCAGUUAACCUUCACAGAGCAUGAUGGAGAAACUGUUGCUGUGGUCACUAUUUCAUCCAGUCCAAUGCGAGAUCAGAUUUCACAAGCACUUAUAAGUAUGGGCUCUCAUGCUCAGGAGCAGGGAGUGUCACUUGAGGUUGUUGAUUCUGAGCAGCGUAAACAACAUUAUGCAGACUUGGUGACUGUGAGUCCUGUAGUCCGUGGUGCUGGACAUGUGGUGAGAAGAGACUUUGUAGAAGCACCAUUUGCCACCGUCAUAGGGCAUGAUGGUGCCACAUACUUGAAUCUUUCUGUAGAAGCCACCAACAUUUCUUCUAUUCUGAAAGGGAAGCAUGUCAACACUUCUGCCAAGUCGAACAACCCUUUGAAAAGUCAUGGGCGGGUCUUGAGAAACCCUGUUGGAAGCAUGAUUGUAAAAACCACUUUAGUUCCUCCACGAGUAAUGCAGGAAGAACCAACAGUCACAUACUCUCUGUUCGGCUCCAAAAAGCCACAGGCUGCUAAUUCUAGAUACUUAGCUCCAAAAUCAGUAACUCUGCCAGCUGCAGUUGCUUCGUCACACUUGGGACAGUCACCUCAGACAAUUGUGAUCAGACAAAAGCUGUCCCAGAAAACAUCUACAGGUGCACCUCAAGUCAUGACAACUCAGGAUGAGAACGCGCUGACCUUAAUUAAUGUUUCACAAGCUCAGCCUGCACAUGAAAUCACUUCAGCAUGCUCCAUAGAUGACAGCGAUAAGACUGUUUCCCCAGUGCCCAAAACUGCUUCACAAAUCCUUCUUCAGAAACUGAAAAUGCAGUCAAAUGUAGUCAGUAUGAAUGAGUUAGUUCGAACAAGGGAAUGUUCAACACAAGUAUCAGAUGUAAAUGAUAUUGAAGCUAAUAAUGGAAACGAAGAGCAAGCUUCCCAGCAAGACAUCUCAGAGUCUAGUUUACAUCUUGAUAUGUCUGAGAUGUCAUACAAUGGCAGUAGUGAAGUGAUAGUUGUGUCCUCCAAUGUGGUUGUCGACAGUAGUUCUGAAAAUAAGACAGUCGAAAUAAAUACUAGUGAGCUGUCUGUGGAUGGACAUGAUGACAAACUGUCCAAAGAUCUUGGUUCUGAUAGUGCUCUUGGUGAAUCUUUAGAAGCUGAAACUGGGCAGCACAGCACAGCACAUUCCCUUGACCAGAUUCCAGCGCCGGAUCUUCUAGGAAGCACUGAUAUUCUCGAAGAUAGCCUUGUAAUACAUACUAGUGAUAAUUCGCCAGAAAUAUCAUCAACACACCCAGAUCAAACAAAUGUUUACUCUAAAGAAAUGCAGACCAGCACUUCAUCAGAAGAUGUUCCAGUAUUGACAGAAAUUACAUCUGCUGAACAGAAUACAUUGACAGACAGAAGUAAUCUUAGCAGUGCUGUUACCAGUCUGCUAUCAGAAGUUGUGGGUGCCAGGAAAGAUGAGUUUAUUAAGAAGAUUACAGUUGUUGAUAAUGGAGUAGAGUAUGACGUAAGGAUUGUGUCAGAGGAGGAGGUCACAGAGGAAAUCAUUGACAGUGCUGCUGCGCAGAUACUACAGCAGUCGGCGGGCAUCGCAGAUGAAGUAGAAGCAGAAAUUAAACAAGAAACAGGAGACGACACAGGAGAAAUGAAGCUGGGAAUUGAAAAGCAGUCAUCAAGCACGCAGACAGUCUACUCCCCGAAAAUUCAGAGCACCGGUGUGGCUGGUACAAACGCAACAACCACGCAUACACUAACCACAGUGGUUGAUGAGGGCUCGGAGAAGAAACAUGUAUACUAUGUUUCCGUGGUUCCAAAUAAAGGCAUUAUGGCAAAGUCUAAGACAAGUAUGUACUCCAGUGCUGCAUGCUGGGUUGUCAAUGAUAAUGGCAUGUAUUGCUGUGAAAAGUGUGACUAUCAGACUGACAGAAAGGCCAACUUUUAUAAGCACCGGAAGUCCCACACAGGAGCCAAGCCUCACACGUGUAGUGUGUGCGAGUACAAGGCAGGAACUAGCAGCAACCUGAAGAGACACAUGGGCAUACACAAGGACAUCCGAGAACACAGGUGUGACAUCUGUGGCCUCUGCUUCCGGCAAAAGAUUCACCUGGAGCGGCACAUUAAAUACAAGCAUGAGGAGAAGAGCAUCAAAUGUCCACUGUGUGACUACAUCUGUGCCAAUGAACAGCCAGACCUGAAAAUGCAUAUCAGACGUAAACAUUCCAAUGAAAACUCUGGUGAGAUGGUCACGAAAGACCUCAAACAACAUUUGAAGUUCCACAGAGAUGGACCAGAGCUGAAGCUGUUUUGUAAAGAGUGUAGCUUUGUUACCGACUGCCAGAGUCGACUGAAGCGCCACACAGCCAUUCAUUCUAAAAUGAAACCAUUUCAGUGUAGUGUUUGCAACUACAGGGCAGCACAGAAAGAACAUGUGUUGAGGCAUUUACGGACACAGCACAAGAUAGACAUCAAACGAGAAGGCAAGCGGCGUAAAUUUGCCAAGCUGAUCAACCUGUACAAACAUCUCCACACUCAACAUGGAGACAUCAUGCCUACACAGACUGAUGGUCUUUUCUGCUGUGUGGUCUGUAAAUUCACGACCAGCAACAAGAAAAAUCUGCUAGUGCACAUGAGAAGACACAAUAUGAGUGAUCAAAACCCUCCAGCCCAAGUGUACUCCUGUGUGCUGUGCCGAUAUGUCAACCCACGCCGGAGAAAUCUCUUUCAGCACAUGCGGAAGAAACACAACAUCAACAUCCGCCGCCAGGAAGAUGAAGUUGGUGGUAUCAUUGGGACAGUGAGCCAGGUCAUGACACCCAAUACCAGUACAGUGUCUUUUACAGCAUCAGAGAUGUCAGAAAAUACAACUGAGGUUAGUUUGUGUGUUAAUCAAAAACCCUGUCAUGUUCAGAUGGCUGGAGAUUUGAUGAGUGUUGCCAGUGUCAUCAAGAUUGAAGAUCUGACUCGCAUGGCAGGAAAUGGAGAUGGCGAUGGCAUGCACGUAGUGCACACCUCAACCCAUACAGCUGAGGCUCUAGAGGGUCUACAGGCUCUAGCUGAACAGGCUGGGCUUAUAAACAACAUCAUUGAAGAGCAG